AUGUUUUCUUUCGUUUCCUUUCCUUUGUAGGUUGAGAAAGUCUAUUUUUGUGCAAUUUAGACAAAGUUUCGAUUUGUGAUGUCCCCAGUUAUAAUGUAAUUAGAAAAAAUAUCAGUUCAAACCACCACUGUAAACUUAAAAUUGCGUUAAAUGACAUAAAUUUAAGAGUAAAUAAUUUAUUCAGUAAAGAUAUUUAAAUUGGAUCAAAAUUAAACUUGGUGGUUAAACUGAAUAGCAGUAGCUCUGUAUACAGUACCUCUUAGUAACAAAAGCACAGAAGGAAUCUUAUAAGAUGACUUGUGACCCAGGGCGAGUGGCAUUGAUAAACAUCUACUUACUAAUUUAAUGGGUUGUUUACUGAAUUGGCUCUAACCAAUUCAAUCAUUAGGUAGGAAACUUCAAUAUCAGUACAUGUUUCAGUAACAUGGCUCUUGGUAGUAAAAUGAAGGAAGAAGAACUGAAAUAUAUGCUGCGUCUUCUUGAUGAAAUUGAUGAAGAAAUAUUUGAGGAAAUCUUACAAGUUUAUUAUGACAUAGAAGAAUCAAACAAACCUAAACAACUAACAGACCAGGCAUAUAAUUUCUUGAAGGUUAACUUAAGAAGCAACCCUGUCACUACCAUUACUCUUAUCAAUUUCAUUCAAGAUAAUUUCCCAAAUGUCAUGAAUACUGAUAAAAUACAAACUUUUUAUUUUGAAGUGUUAAAAGCUGAACUCAAAGAAAACAGCUGUUCGGAUAAACUCAUAACAUUAAUCUCAUUAGUAAGAUGGGAGGACAAGUAUUUACCACAAUUUUCGCAGCAAAUACUAAUGCCUCUCACCGAGGAUAGUUUUAGACAAUUCAGAAAACAAAUACUAUUAAGUCUUAUUUUGCAUAAAAAACCUCAGCUUCUAAAUGUAGUGUCAGAUCAGAUGCAGAAAAAUGAACCACAGACAGAAUUCAAAUUAACUCCUGAGUAUAUGCUAGAACUGUGCUACCAAGACAAGACCCACUGGCUGCUGAAGGCUGCUCAAGUCUAUAAACAUCAACUGAAUGACCUGAAAACUGUUACAUUCAAAAUCAAUAACUUCACAAAACAAAUACUGAUCAUGGUCCUUAUAGACCUAACAAAUAGCCCUGAAACUUAUGACUUACCAUCUUUAAUCAACCAACUAACAAAUAUAUUUUCCAUACUUGAUACUUACACAAAGGCUGAUGAACAUUUACACUUUUAUUUAACAGAAGUGAAAAGAGAAUUGACAAUAAUCAAAUUUUGUCUUGAUAACAACAGCAAGAUCAUGACAACCUCAAUAUUCAGUCAAGUGUUGACACAGAGUUCUCUAGCUGUUAUGUCUCAGGUGUGCAGACUGUCCAAAAUAGAUAGAUAUAAGGUAUCAAGACUCUUAAAUACAAAUAACGAAUUUGUGAAGGAAUUAAUGAUGCUUCAUGAUAAAGAAAAUGAGGCCAGCAUUGAGACUGAAAAUAAAACUAAUUGGGAAGUUGUGACUUACAACACUUACUGUGCUAUAACAAAGAUAAUAGAUACCAUACUAAGUUUAUCAGAAGGAUCUGAUGAGACUCAGGACACAACAUCUUCCCUGGAUGAGAUAAAACGUCUUGUCUUGUCAAUUUACCCAUUAGAAUAUUGCAUAGAAGCCAUAGAGAAUAUUUUCGCCUGCUUGUUUUUAAGAUAUGAAUACUUUUCUUGCUAUGAACACAACCAAGAAUUUCCAUGUGGCACUCACUCUGAAUGUUCAUAUUUUUAUUCCAAAAAACAAACACCAAAUCCUAAUAACAUUAAAAGUAAUAGUACAGGGUUUAUGUGCAAUUCAUUGACCACACAGCUUGUGUUGAAUACCCUGAAGUUAUGCUUGGAGAAAAUGGAGGAUAAUGCUGGACCAGAUAUCGAUCAGGACUUGAUGUCGAGGUUGAAGCACAUGGUGAAAGUGGUGAACCAUUCUGUCUGGAAGCUGCAGCUCGUCUCAACAUUGUCACCAGACCCGAGCCCUGUGCAGCUGAAGCUUUGUCUAGAUUACGUGGAAGUGGACGAGAGCAGUGAGGACGAUGAACGGGAGAUUGACGUGAAAACCUUGAGGAAGAAGCCUAAAGCCAGGAGAAGACAUACAAAUAACAAGUAUGAUGCUGACCAUAUGCUAGCCUCUACAAUUUCAGCUAAUGACGAUGCAUUUAUAACCACAAAAGGAAAUAUAAUUGAUUUCAUCUCAAUAAUGCUAGCGAAGCCCAAUUGCUUAGUGGCACUGGCGCUGUAUAACAAUGACUUCUCUAAAGCCAACCAAAUACUAGAGAUGUUCGAUCUCGCCGAUUCGGAAAUUGCAACCGAAGUAACUUUCACUGAACAACUGCGCCAUCUAGUGACAAAAAUUAAAAAUAUAAUAUAUUACCGGGACGACACCCGCUACCCGACCAAAGAAUUAUCAGCGCUGUCCGUAGUCUCCACAGAAGUCAUGGGACUCGUCGAAGGUUUCCUGGCAUCGAACAGAUCCCCUAACUCUUUCGACAUCAUCGACUUGGCCUCUCGCCACCCCCAUCUACAGUUAUACAACCACCAAAACGCCCCUUUCAUUAAUGCAGUCGACAUUUUGCUAAGCAGCGGCCUGAAUAGGGAAAUCACUUACGGAUUAAUAAAUGUUGUGGAAAGAAAACUAGCCGAAGUGAGGUGCAGCACAGACAUAGCUGCGGUGAAGAAAACGAAUUACAUCCGCUUUGUUGAGGACAUAGCGAGCGUCACCUUCGAAAUAUUCGGCAACACGGAGAAGUCUUUCGACUUCGUGGACAACAUCUGCGGCCUCAUUGCCGACUGCCGCGUUCCGAUCAAACACAAAGAGUUCUGCAAACUCAAUCAGCUCUGUAAAGAGUUGAGGCAGGCUUGUGAGGAUUUGACGGAUGUUAUCAAACCCAAACUUUCCGAAAACUUUGACGAAAGUUUAUUACAAAAAUAUCACCAGAUUUACAUGAACGUGGUCGCCGCGUCUGACAAAGACGUGUGUAAUGUCAGCGAGGUCUGCCGCCACGGCGUCAAGAAGACUAGAAUGCCGUAUCUUAGAAUGUGUUACAUGUACUGUAAAACUGUUUCGCAGUUAGAACUCGAGGAUAGUCAAUUAGAAGACGAUGGCGCAGCGCUCGUUUCGGAUCUCCCCUAUUUUGCUAUCUUAGAAAGACAACUACAUGAUAUAUUCGGGAAGAUGAUACACGGUAAAAAUGUUCCUGUAACCAAUUUGGAACCAAUAUCGAAGAAAUUAAACGUUAAUUUGAUACCAAAGCUUAUUUUGACGUUCUGUCCGUCUAUCACGUUAGCCGGUUGUCACAAGGAAGCCUCGGAGGCGAACUUUAACAGCUUACUUCAUGUCGUCUAUGACUUCAAGAACCCGGAAGAAAAUUUGUUUUUGGAUCCCGUGGCUGACUUUUCCCCAGCGCCCCGGCCACCUGACUCGCAAUGUCUCACAUAUGUCGUGUUACACAACUGGGUAUUGGCGCACAUUAUAAAAAAAAUCCAUACAUCCCCUGAUGAGAAUUCUCUGCAACAGAGUAUGGACGCGCGUACCAAAAUUUUGAACAAUUAUAUGGAGUUAGAAAGGUUCAAUUGUACCAAAGUAUUAUUUGGCGGCAAUAAAUAUAUGGCGUCGCUUCAUAGUAAUGUCGAUUUAGACAAGCUGUUCCCGUACAUGCGGCAGCUGGUCGAACGGGGCAAGAUCCUCAAAUGUCUGAACAUCAUCGAGGCUCUGUCCGAGCGCCAGCGGAUGUGCAGCGCCAACCUUGCCAACCUUAGAGAUUUAAUACUAUUCAAGCUUUCCACGAAUACCAAGAUAAGUAGCAGUUGGAAGUAUUGUCAAUAUCUGAAGUGCCCGGAACUGAAAGUGGACCUCGUGUUGAACAACUUGUCGAGUUGGCCGGCAGAGGGCGCGUUGGAAGUAUUAGAUUAUCUAAGAUUUCUGUUAAAUCAGGACAUUUUAGAAGAAGGCUUAUACAAAAAGUGCACUGAUUGGAUGACUAAAAUACCGCUUUACGAUCAAAUAGCAUCGAUAAUUGGCGAGAGUCCCUGUGUGCGGCGGCACUGGUACGACAUCUAUGAGAAAUCUGUUCAAAAUCCCGAGGAGAUCAUUGAGGUCCUUCUUGAUAGUCAACAGUUCAAGCUAUGUUUGGAAUGGGCGGACGUCCAAGGAGUGUCGGAAAACAUGAAGAAUCUUAUCAUAAUGAACCUUCUACGGCAGUUGUUCGAGUACACCAACCAGGCCACUCCAGGCUUCGUAUCGGAACUGCUUCACAGGCUGCCUGAGAAGCAAGCGAUGGACAUCAUCCAAGAAGAGAUGUCCAAAGUGAGAAACGUGGAAAUACUCCAAGUCUGCGUCGACUUCAUCUCGGAAAACUCCUUCGACUGGAAGGCGUUUGAAAACAUAAAAAUUGGAUUGCAAAUAAUGCUCGAAAUCGACGUCAAUAUGCGGAACAUGUUCUGGGAUUUGAUAGAGAAGCCGCUGCUCAUGAUCGAACAGUUCCUAAUGAAUGCAAAAUUGGAUAUUCUCGCUGUGAUUAUUAAUAAAAUUGCACCGAAUUUGAAGAAGGAUCCGACCGGUGACAAUUUGUAUUACAACAUUAAGACGAUAGAAAGUCUUGUGAUAUCUCGAAAUGCCGUGGAUGCAUUGUUGAGGUUUUACGCGGAGAAAGCUUUAGACAUGAAGAACCCUAGGAACUCGUGUCCGGCGCCGCCUCGGCCUUCGGACGACUCCUUGCUGCAGUCCAUAGACUCCAUAAACAUAGAAGCGGCGUCUAUGCCUUUCGUGAUGCCGGAGCAGGUGCCAAGCAAGCAGGCGUGGGUGGAGGACUACUCCACGGACCGCUGCAUGGUGUGCCGCACGUCUAUAUUCUCUAUGAUCAUCCGGAGGCAUCAUUGUCGACGGUGUGGGAGACUGGUCUGUCACGCGUGCUCUACACAUCGUAUGCAGGUGCCGACAUACCCGAGCGGCGUGAAGUUCCGCGUGUGCGACGACUGCUACACGCAGAGCAUGAACAAGCGGGUCUCGGACCACGACAACCUGAUGCUGAGCAGCAACUCCGACUCGGCGGCCAGUGGCGCCACCUGUAUGGACUGGUGCCUGUCGACCAGCAGCAGUAAGAACGAGGCUGUGAGGUCGGAGUUCAGCUACGAGUUCAUUCCAAACGUGACGCUCUGUCUCACCAUCAUGAAGAUGCACUCCAUCAACCUGGACUACCCCAGAUUCCUGCUGGACCGCAGCGACGAGAUCGCGCGCUCGCUGCCGGGCGGCGACGCGCGGCUGCUGGUGCGCGCGCGCCGCUCGCUGCUGCUCGCCGCCAACGAGCUCUACUCGCGGACGCCGCACGAGAAGGCGAGCGCGCGCGUGGCACAGACGGGCGCUGCGCACGCGUCGCGCUGCCUGGCGCACGCGGACGCGCUGGCGGCGCUCGUGCGGCAUCAGGCGCACCAGCUCGUGCACCACGCCGCGCCCGCCGGUCAAAUAGUGCGGUCCUUACUGGAAGCCGAGAAAUGGGAGUUGGCAUUAGAGAUCGCUACCAAAUCAGGGUUACCGCGCACCAGCGUGCUGGCAGCGUGGGGCAAAUCGUGCUUGAAAGCGGGUUGCUUCAAGCAAGCGCGGGAAAAAUUCGCACACUGCUUCAAGAAUACUGUAAACGUUUGCGUGGACAUUGCCGAAGAUUGUGAGUACGGAAAAGAAGCCUCAGAAUUUGUGAACAAAAAAAUUCGAAGAUUGAGGUAUUCCGAGAAAUCGGAGCGCUCGAGUUCGAUGUCCAGUGUCCAGUCUGAUGGCCGCCCGAGGACCAACCCGCCGUUGUUGAAUGAAAUUAUUACUCUAAUUGAGGAUAUGAACUACCCGGUUAACCAUCAGUUACUGCAGAAGGCGGAAACUAUAAAGACCACGAAUGAAAAACUAACAACAAUGAAUACGAACAAAAAGAAAAUUCGACUCAUAGAACCCGCGCUCAACAUAAUGCACACCCUGGCUAGCGUGAAAAAAAUAAAACAAGGCGACUACAGCGAUUUCCAAACAGCCACCAUACAGCCUAAAAAGAGCUUAGCGCAAGGUUUGCUGAGGCGUAACAGCCACCACCCAGAGCCGAAAACAAAUCACCAUUUAAAAAGAUUGGACCCAUUCUUUUUUAAAGAAUGCGUAUACUAUUUGACGAAUUAUGGAUCUCACGUAGCGAACAUAUUAUUUUUUAUGAAGCAUAGUACUAUGGGGGAGGUAAUUAGGUAUUGUUACGAUAACAUGGUGGACAAGGAGACGUUUACCGAGUCUGUUUACAUGGAGUGCUUGAAGAGGGAUAAGGUCAGUGAACUACUAAAGGCUAUGUCUGACAUGGAUAGCACGCUGGAAAUGUGGGCGGAUUACAUAAUGCACAUCUGCCGCACACUAGAGAAGAGCAAGCGCCUGGAAGCGCUGUACGCGUUCCAAUGCGGUAGUUCCCAGCACGCGCGCGCGUCCGCCACCUGCGCCUUGCUGUACGCGCGCGCGCUCGCGCCGCAAGCGCCCUUCGCGGCGCUGCAAGCGCGCUUGCACCACCUCUCCGCCGCGCUCAGCCACCUCGCGCACUGUGUGCCCACACUUACCAAGGUGAACGACCCGAAAUCGUUUCAAUUCCACCUGGACAAGGCCACCAUAGACAACCUGAUGACCACAAUUUCUCGUCAAAUAGAGCUGGCCAACUACCUUGCUGCCGCCGAAUCUAGCGGCAGACUAAACGAGAAAGUUGUUAAUGAGGUGAUCCCGUUGCCGCAUGCGCGGAAGGAGUCCGAGAGUAACGACUUCAGGCCGCUAACUUUGUUCGGGUCCAACACUGACAAGAUGAGGCUAGUAGCCGUUGUGUUGGCCACCGGGGCCUCUAUAGAGGCCGGCUACGAUCUAGCCUUCAAAAUCAUAACGGAACACAAGCUGGACUCCAUGAACAUCUACACGCAUGUCGCGAAAUAUUUGGUGCACGCGGACCGCUUCAUGGAAGUGAAGAGUUUGGCCAAGUGUAUCAGGGCUUCUAAAGAGACCGCGGCGAAUUUGAUGAGCGACCAGGUCCUGGAGUGGGGCGUGAGCGCGGUGGUGUCGCGCUGCGAGGCGCGCGGACAGCUGCACGACGAGCAGGCUGAGCUGCUCAUCUGCGAUAUACACAGCGUCGCUGUCAAGAUAUCCUGCUACCUGGUGUGCCGCAACGUCAGUAACGCUUACAUCCUGGCGGCGCGUCACGACCGCUGCAACGACCUGCGCAGAGUGCUGCAAGAAGCGGAGCGACUCGGGCACGACCAGGUCCGCAACGCUUGUCUCAAGCGGCUCACCAACAAGAACCUGCUCUGAUACUAUGCUGAUCGUGGUUAAUUGUAUUAUUUUUUAUAGACUUAACUGUUAUUUACUCUAACUGCGAUCUUGACAAAAGCAACGUCAUUGUAAUAGUCAGGUCAGUCGAAAAAGGAUCGUGCUCUUAUUAGGCGUUAUAAUAGACAAGGCAUUACUCAAUGUCGUAAGUUAAUAGCAGAUAUUCUGUAUUUCGUCUGUACAACUGUUGGCAAAUAGAAUCUGGUCCUCGAUCCACACAUCUCAACUGUAUCACUUUUGGCAUUCAUAUAAAUAUAAAAAACAUAUCCUUGGGUUGAAGAUGCCAACUGUAAGCCUUUUGUAACAAAUAAUUUGGAUGACUACAACCUCUAUACAAUGCUACAAGUCAUUUACUCUCCUACACAGAAUUGAUAUAUAAACAAUCUUGAAAUAUAAUUUGAAAAAAUAUUUCAAAAUUGCUCAUUUUUGAAGGGCCAAAAUGUAUACUAAAAUUGCUAUCUAAUUAAAAUGUAUGCCAAAUUAUGGGCUCUUUUUGUGAUAUUAUGAUAUUAUGAUGCUUCUGAUUUGUGUUCAUUUAUUAUUCAAAAUUUAAAUUGUAAUAUGCUUUGAUUAUGACAGACAUGACAUGGGUAAACUCUCAAUUUAAAACAAGCACUUUAUUUUUUAAUAAUUAAAAUACUUAUUACUUAUGCAAGUCUCAAGUUGUAUUUUAAGCUGUUAUUUUAUUUUAAAUAAUUUGCAUACUUAAGUCAUAAUUUGUAGUAUUGAUAGAUUUAAAGCAAGUCAUUUAAUUUAGUUAUUAUUGUAUAGCAGUAUUUAAUUUGAAAGUAUUUAAUGUUAUAUUUUUAUUGCUGUAUUUAAAUUGUAUACAUAGAAAAAUAUUAUAAGAACUGAUUAACAUUAUGAAUUAUAUUGGAAUGUAUAACAGUCUCAUAUUGUGAUAUCAAAUGUAUAUUAGUGAUAUAAGAAAUUAAUGUUAUCAUUUUGUUAUACUAAUGACUAAAAAUAAUAAAAGAUCUUU